UUUUGCUGAAGUUUUGAAAUAACCCAUCACCAUUGCUUCUACCAAACCAUCGUCAGCCAUGAUUGAGAGCGUGCAGGCUCGUCAGCGAGGGGCUUUCAACUUUGCUGACCACUACGACAAUUUGUGUGCCCUGCAGGACAGUGUGCCCCUGCCCUCAGUCAAGUCUCACCUGGGGCAGGGGGUCAUUGACCUCAAUGGAGAUCGCAUUCGGUUGGGAGAUUGGCAGCCCAUCAUCAACACAAUCAAGAUCAACAAAACCCUACAGUUUAUAGCUGUACGCAGCUACUACCAGAUAGCACCUGAGGAAGAUGAGAAGAGAGCUGCCCUGCUGAAGAGGAAAAUGCCAGCCAUCAGAUCAAAGGAGAUAACUCACAGGCUGGUGAAGGCGCUGAAAGAAUGUCUGUUUAUCUCCCCUACCCUCUCCUGUAUAGAGCUGCAGGGUUUGGCUCUGAGGGAAAGAGAUCUACAGCUUCUUGUCAAGGGUAUAUUAAAAAGUUCAACCCUCCGCCACCUGUCACUGGAGAUGUGUAGGAUUGGUGACCAAGGACUGGAAGUUUUGUGUAAAGGAUUAAAAAACACAAAGAACAUUCACUCCGUCAACCUCAGCGGGUGUAGUCUGUCACAGAGAGGGGCGGAGGCACUGGCAGCCGUCGUCAAGAAACACUGUUACUACUGCCCUUGUGGCAUGGCCCCGGAGAAUACAGAGCACGACCUACGGGACUGUCACUUCUACAACCAGGCGUGA